GCAAAGCAUGGCCACGGCCGUACCGCGGUGGCGGACGAGUGCAUAGGCGCAGAGGCGUGGUGUGGCUUUGGCGCUGUUUGCAACGAAACUUGGUCCAGUGGCGUUGGAACCCCUCGAGUCCCUUUGGAUCUGAGGAAAUCGCAACAAUUCGAACAGCACCUCUGCCUCGCUGCCUCGCUGCCUCGUUGCCACACUGCCUCACUGUCUAGCAUGCCUAAAUGUCUCAAAGGUGCUAAGCUGUUGUCCCCAUCCUUGCCUUUCCGCGGGCCGCGGGGUACCCUCAUAGCUCCUCCAGGCUCCUCAAGACUCCUCAAUUCCUCAAGGCUCUCAAGGCUAAGGAUACAGCCUCGUUGUUCGGCAGCACCGGCCUCUCCGCCAUCCGACGCGCGCAACACCGUGCGCAGACGCGUUCCACCCUCUAUUCAACGCCGACCCUUGGCUCUGGCUUGGGAAUUCCCCCGCUGGAGUGGACUGCGUUCGGAUGCGGAACCGCCUGGAUCUCGUGUGAUCCUGCAAUCCAACACCGUCUUGAUCGAACCAAAUGGACCAAAUGAACCAUGGGCCAGAUUGCCCGGUCCGCCGGCCGCCUCUUGCCCUGCUAUUCUGCCUGGCAUAGUUGCAUGGCGGAUCAUUAACAAACCCAACUCAAAUGUUUGCUCCGUCUCGUUUGGUCUUCCGACGAAUAGCAGCGCGGCGCCGUGGCUUUCUGCGAUUUUGGCAGCGUUGCAAUCGCAAACAUUCGCUCAUCAGAAGACUGCUGAAUAGCUUGGAGCGCUGAAUAGGCGCAGACCGUCGGGCGGGCCCCACUAACUCAGGCGCAAGACGCAGAAGCGAAAGCCAAUUCAUUGACUGAAUUGGAAGCGUAUAAACUUGAGACCUCGACCUCGACCUCAACGAGUCUGCAUGGCGCCGCAUCCAGGCCGGCCAUGCCAGCCAGGCCCGCAGAGCCGGACAAACGUCCAGGCACCAACAAUUGAGGAAUGUC